CCUCUAUUUUCGAUUUUCAAAUGUUAAAACAAUAAAUCUCCACGAAACAAACCCCAACAAUCAAAUUUCGACAGUUCCAAACAUGUCUCCCAUGUAAAACUCUCAAAAAACCAUAAAAUUCUUGUCCCCGCGAUAAAAAUUAAAUGUGCACAUGAUAAAAAUGAUGCAAUUUAGUUGUGCGUACCGUAAACGUAAACAUUACAUCAAAAACUUCCAAGUGCCACCAUUUUCCGAAGCAAAACUCCAACUUGGUCAUGCACUCGCGCAGGUUUUACUGGACGAUUGUCCUGAAUCGCUCAAAGAUGAAAUGCACCUCUCUACACCCCUCCAAGGCCCCGGCGAAAACCUCUGGCUAUCACCAAGUGAUCUCCUCAUUGACAAAGUAGUCCUACGUCCUCCCCUAACAGCAAAACACGUCAAAGCCCUCACACAUGAAGGUAUUCUCAACAUCGGCGAAGAAAUCGAAGCGCAAUGGCUCGCAGCUGUUGAACUAGAAAAACGCCUCGCAUUACAAAACCUUGAAGAACUACUCCUCAUGCUUGCAGAACGUGAUAAAGAACGUGCUGUGGGUCAAGCACUGCGCAACUGCGAGAAACAAUUCAGAAACUACAUGGAUCAAGUGAAUAAAGAAUUCGAAGCGCUUCUUAUUAGUGAAUUAGCUGAUCUGGAAGCAACUCUACGUGAAUACUAUGAGAAUCUCAUCGAGGAACAGAUUAAGGUGUGUCACGAAGCACAGGAACAGUAUCUUGAGGAUCAAAUCCAGUUUGCUGUGGAUGCUGUUGUUGCGGAACUCAGCGAGAAGUUCAUGAAUGACCUGAGACAACAAGAAAGAGAUUUAGAAGACAUGUACAGAGCUAAAUUAGCAGGGCAACACGAGCGACAUCUACAAGCACUGGAAAAUCAAGAGGAUGUGUUUACUGUUGUGAUGAAACAACUUAAACAUAACCUACAAUGUAACAACAUAGCUAGUUUAAUGUAUGUGUUGUGCAUGGAGAGAAAAAAGUGUAUUCAAGAGAAAGAUUUACUCACAAAUGGCACAAUAGAUAGGUUAAAAGAGCUGGAAAGUGAGGCUAGACAUAACCAUGCUGAAAUUAUUAAAUUAAAACGUGAAUUACAACUUAGUCAACGUAAACUGUCAAUAAGAGAGUGUUGUCUUCUCGGGGUGAUAAAACAGUUCCAGAAGUUUAUUAAUUACGCGUUGAGAGCUGUACCAACACAAGCUGAGUUUCUUUUAAGUGUUGAAAAGAUGAUGACGCUGGAAAUCACGCAGGCGUUGUUAAAAUCACCGAAAAAAGAUGGCCGACCCGCACGGAUGAUUAUGCCAUGGCGGAAAGUCUCACAGGAAUCGUCAACUGAACCUCCACCGAUGCAUAAAGAUAAUACUUGCAUGAAUGAACCGGAUCCACCGACACCGAAAGAAGGUGAUGAGGAAUUAUAUGCUAUGACAUAUGCGAAUAGAGUAUACGUACGUGAAGAUUUUCGAAAUUGUUUAACGCAGGAAGAUUGUCCUCUGAAGCGAUCAUCGAAUGCACUCUGGAGUAAAAGUGUCGCUGAUCUUAUAACAUUGAUACAAGACGUGAAUGAACGCGAAACAGCCGCCAUUUCACGUGAAUCUGAUCAUGGUGAGCGUGAAUACAGCGGCCAUGUUGGACAAAUAAGUACUGAACAAGUCAGUAGUGUGGCUUUUGUCAGGCAUAUAAUUGAAACAGAAUAUGACGGUUUACGCACGACGAAUGAAUCGGUUUUAUUGCCAAAGUCUUUUCUAACCCCACAUUCACAAACGUCCGCGCCUAGUUCACUCACGCCAUCUGGUGUCGCGCUACUAGCAACUACUGAUUCAGUCAUGUUAAUGAAAGAAAAACUCGGCACAUCUUUGUUGUUAUCCACGGAAGACCCGGAUGAAAUUGAAAUUAACCUAAUUCCUGCACCUUCCACCGCAACGAUAAAAAUAAACAAGUUAGGCCCGCGCAGAAUCACAAAAUAUCCGAGUGAAUUAUUGAAAGGUACUUACUCGGAAGUGACGUUGAAGUUGACCAAACUGGCAAAGACACAGAAUAAAACCAAAGCAAGAACAUCGGCGUCUCGAUGCUCGAAACCAAAAAAUUCCCAAGAUAGGAAGUUAUCCUGUAAAGGUAUGUUGUCAACAAUCAGUCAACACGUUGAUUCCAUGGAGUUGAUCACCACACGCAGUGGAAAACUGAAGAAAUCGCUGAAUGUCGUCACACCGAUCGAUACAGUCGACGAGGAAUUCCCCACGCAGCAGGUUAUGAUCGAUCCGCCAUCGGAAAUCAGUCGGGACUUUCCGGAAAUCAACUUUGAGCGCGUGGCGAAGGUUUUCGAAGAGGUUUACAAGCCGUCCAAGCCAUGGAGCAUCUACAAAAAGAAAUCAUCAGUAAUCAAAGUUGAAUCCGUCACAGAACAACCGAUAAAUUACCUUAAACAAGAAAACCUCGCUAGUAUCAUCGGACAAGAUUCAAAAGAGGUUAACAACAACAGUGAAGACUUUACAAUGCACCGGAUACACUCGAUAAUGGACGUUUUGAAACAAGACGACAGUCUUUUACGGAUAUUCACGAAAUGUGCGCAGUAGUAACACAAAUGACAAAAUAGUCUCGCUUGCUUAUAGUUAAAUUAGGUUUCUUACAUAUUUAUACAUAUUGUUUGUAUAUAUAUAUCGUCAUUUGUUUAAUAAAUUAACGCUAAAUCUU